CCCGCUUUUCCAUCUUCCUUCCCGCUGUUUAUACUUCGCCAGGCCAACCUUCGAAGACCUUUGAAUUUUUCUCCCUAUUUUUUCCCUUCAAAUAAUUACAAAAAAUCAUUUUUUAAUUAUUUUUUAAUUCAAAAAAUCAGCAUAAAAUGGAGCUCUAGAAAUCCCCAAACCCUAACCCUAGUUUUUCAAUCCUUCCCAUGCUGUUAUGGGAGCUCUCUUCUCUUGUUUCUCACCUUCUUCACCUCCGCCGCCUCAGCGCCGCCGUUCGGUCGCCGGCGGGAGGCGGCAGGCAUCGCCUCCGCCUGCUGGAUCGAGUGGGAGAUGGACGAGGAUGAGGUCGGGGAGGAAGGAGGAUCCUGGGCUGUUGACGCAUGAACAGGCUCUUGCCGCGGCGGCGAUUCUUAUUCAGCAUCAUAGAGAGAAUGGUGGCGUCGCUGAGCCGACGAUCCCCUUUGAUCGGUCUACUUCGACGAGGUACCCGGCGAGUAAGAAGAAGGACGCGUUGCCGAGGAGCUCGAGUACUCGGCCAAGGUCUCUUGCUGAUCCGUUGCUGCAACCCCAGCAACUUGUUAAUCAGGAUGUAAAAAUUGAGGAUUUAGAAACAAAUCGAUUUGUUCUUGUACAUGGAGGUGGAUUUGGUGCUUGGUGUUGGUAUAAAACCAUAGCACUUCUUGAAGACAGUGGAUUCAAAGUCUUCGCUGUGGACUUGACGGGUUCUGGAAUUCAUUCUUUCGACACAAAUAACAUCACAAGCCUUCCUCAAUAUGUCAAGCCACUUAUUGAUUUCCUUGAAAAGCUCUCAGACAAUGAAAAGGUGAUCUUGGUCGGGCAUGAUUUCGGUGGUGCAUGCAUAUCAUAUGCGAUGGAGGCCUUCCCAUCGAAGAUAGCAAAAGCUGUUUUUGUCUCUGCAGCUAUGCUGCAGAAUUCCCAGAACACUUUGGAUAUGUUUUCCCAACAGGCUGAUGCAGACACACUGAUGCGACAAGCCCAGAUCUUUUUGUAUGCGAACGGAAACGAUCAUCCCCCAACUGCUAUUGAUCUUAGCAAGGAGUUGCUGAAGGAUUUAUUGUUUAAUCAAAGCCCUGUCAAGGAUAUUGCUUUGGCCUCGGUUUCUAUGAGAUCCAUCCCUUUUGCACCAGUUCUGGAGAAGCUCUCACUUACUGAGAAGAACUAUGGUUCAGUUCGGAGAUUCUUCAUAGAGACAACCGAAGACAAUGCGAUCCCGCUUUCUCUUCAAGAAACCAUGUGCAGAUCCAAUCCACCGGAAAAAGUCUUCCGGUUAAAAGGCUCUGAUCAUUCACCAUUCUUUUCCAAGCCACAAGCUUUGCACAAGUUCUUGGUGGAGAUAGCAAAGAUCCCCCAAACCCUAAACACACAUUGAUCUCACUUAGUACUAUAUUACUGUUACGGUUCAUUCUUUCGUUACCCGAAGCUGUAAAUUCAUGAACAUGUGGUGUCUUUGUAGACGAAUGACCACAGUAUAAUUUUUUCGACAUAACCUGUAAUAUGUUUUUCUGGAGCUGUAUUUCUUGAAAGCAUUGUUUAAAAGAAACAUACCGGUAUCUGUGAUUGUUGAAACAAUGAGGGAUUGUGAAUACAAGUUUGUCAAUAACCUGUAAUUG